AUGGGUGAUCAAUUAUCAUACCUUAUGCAAUAUGGGCUAUGCUUCAUAGUACUAACUCUGGUGGUAGCUCCUGUCCAUGGUGAGGUAGAAUAUUCAGUGCUUAACAAUGCUGAAUCCACCAUUGGUGGUCAGCGCUUUGACAGGCAAGUUGGUGUUGAUUAUGCGAAGGACACAAUGAGCUCAGCCACGGAGUUUAUACUGAAGCUGUUUGAGCAGCACAACAGUACUAGUGUAGCUGCUGACAGAAAAAAUGUGCAGAAAGUGAGCAUGAUAGUUGAAAUCAGUAUCCAUGGGGACGAUGUCGACGAUGCAGCAUAUUGUAGCAACAACGAGAUUCAUAUUAGCGCAAGCUACAUUGAGAGGUACAGUGGAGAUAUAAAGAAAGAGAUUAUAGGGAUAAUGUAUCAUGAAAUGACCCACGUUUGGCAGUGGGAUGGGAAUGGUCAGGCUCCUUCAGGUCUCAUUGAAGGCAUAGCUGAUUUUGUGAGGCUCAAGGCUGGCUAUGCACCUCUUGACUUGUGGGUUCCUCCAGGGGGUGGAGAUAAAUGGGACCAGGGAUACGAUGUUACAGCUAGGUUUUUAGACUAUUGCAAUAGUAUCAGAAAUGGAUUUGUUGGAGAGUUAAACAAGAAGAUGAAGAGCAGUUAUAGUGAAACUUACUUUACUCAACUGCUAGGAAAGUCGGUUACUCAGCUCUGGACUGGCUAUAAGGCCAACUAUGCUGCUUCUGCCGCUAUGCUAUCCACCACAACUCUGUUAAUUAAUUAA